UUGAAACUUGAAGCAACUGCUCUAGCAGGUUUGACAACAAAUGACCAGUUUGUCUUCAGCUGAAGUUCUGCGCCCUGCUGUCUACUGCAGGACUGCAACAUGGACAACUGGAAUAGAUCUACUAAAGUCACUUACAGGCGCUGGAGUAAUCCUGAACCAGGAGAUGAAGGUGAUUUUGUGGGUCACACUGAUGAAGACCAGGCCACUGAUAAUGAGAUCUGCACUAUUGCCUCAGCAAUAGUUGACUCAAGGAGCAGAGAGUCUGCAAACAGCUCUGGAAAUUAUAAAGCUGCAGAAACCUUUACAGUGGACAAUGCACUGGAAGCGUUUGGAUUCGGAGUCUUUCAAUGGAAGAUUUCGCUCCUUACGGGACUCGCAUGGAUUGGAGAUGCCAUGGAGAUGAUGAUCCUAAGCAUCCUGGGACCCCAGAUGCACUGUGAGUGGAGUCUCCCCGGCUAUCAAGUGGCGCUUAUAACAUCCGUUGUCUUUAUUGGGAUGGGGUUCAGUUCUGUUGCUUGGGGUAAUGUGGCUGACAAGUACGGAAGACGAGUAGGUCUGACAGUUUGUAUGUGUUGGACUCUGUACUACGGCCUGCUGAGUGCCUUCAGUCCAGUCUACAGCUGGCUGCUGGUCCUUCGAGGCCUCGUAGGCUUUGGCAUCGGAGGAGCACCUCAAUCAGUGACUCUGUACUCAGAAUUCCUUCCAGUGAAGGCGAGAGGCAUCUGCAUCAUGCUGAUUGCGGCUUUCUGGGCCAUUGGUGCUGUGUUCGAGGUCUUGCUUGCCCUGUGGGUAAUGCCCACUCUGGGUUGGAGGUGGCUGCUCGGCCUCUCCGCCAUUCCAAUAGGAAUCUUUGUUUCUUUCUGCUAUUGGUUGCCUGAAAGUCCUCGUUUUGAUGUGCUGUCAGGGAGAAGAGAUAAGGCCAUGGCAACUUUGACUCGCAUUGCCCGAGAUAAUGGCAAAGAAAUGCCUCGGGGAACACUCAUUGAAUAUAAACAGAGUGAACGUGGACAAUUUAAAGAUCUUUUUUCUCAUCAGUACUGGAAGACUACUCUUCUUCUGUGGUUUAUAUGGUUUGCAAAUGCCUUCUGUUACUACGGGAUUGUCCUGUUGACCACUGAGCUGUUCCAAGCAGGGGAUUCAUGUGGAACGACCCAAGGAGCGAAGAACGAACCGAGGUGUAGACUUGAAUGUAAAUAUUUGACAUCAGCUGAUUACAAAGAUCUUUUAUGGACAACCUUGGCGGAGUUCCCAGGUCUUUUAAUUUCCCUUUUUGCAGUUGAUUAUCUCGGCAGGAAGAAAAGCAUGGCGAUUUGUUUCUUCAUGUUUUCUUUGUGUAUCCUGCCCUUGUUUGCUUGCACUGGGAGGAUAGCUCUCACAAUCUUCAUCUUCAUUUCCAGAGCCUUCAUCUCAGGUGGAUACCAAGUAGUUUUCGUUUACACACCGGAGGUUUUUCCUACAGAAAUCAGAGCCUUAGGAAUGGGGACUUCAAGUGCUGUUGCAAGGAUUGGUGCUCUGAUUACACCAUUCGUGGCUCAGGUGAUGCUCAGGACGUCAAUGUAUCUGACCCUUUUGGUUUACUGUGGCUGCAGUCUGCUGGCUGCCAUUGCAUCCUUAAUUCUGCCUAUAGAAACUCUGGGUAGGGGUCUACAGGAGUCUGAACAUUACCAGGAGGCUUUAGGGCAAACAACCAAUGUAACCAGUCAGUCAAAUGGUACAACACAGUCUAUGGACCAGUAAUAGGUCAACCAGGAACAAAAUAAAAUAAUGUUUUGUGCCUUCUAAGCUUUCUGAGGAUACUUUUGCCUAUGGAAUGAUGGACUGAAUUAUCAGAAUGAUGAUGAUGAGUGAAGAGCAUCAGUGGACAAUCUCAUUACAGGUGGGAGAGAAAUAACAGAAGGGCUGCUGUCUGUGUCUGAUUAAACAGAAGUUUGUUCUUGAACUGUUUUAUUCAAAGCUGUGUAGACUUUAUUAACAGUUCAAUAACCAGAUAAAUAAAACUCAAACAAUUGCCUUGACUCAUCCCAUUAUAUAAUUUGCCCAAGUCUUAUUGCAAAAGCUAUGUUUUGACAAUUAGGCCCAAAGAGUCGGUUAAUUCCUAUAAGACAUUACUUGGGGCCAAAUGGAAAGACCAUUUUCAAAAUAAAUCACCCCAUAUUUUUUCCA